AUGGCAUUACUUGCAAAUACACUGACUAAUAUUAUAUUUAUAAUAUCUUCGAUACAAAGUAGUAGAGCCAUAGAAAUAAAACUACUCAAUUUGACAUUAUUACCAAGCGGAGGAGCACAAAAAGCAAAUUCAUUCGAUUCGUUGACGACAACUCGUAAUAGUGAUAAUAAAACAUCACCAAAGGUAUUUGAUAUAACUCACAUAAAUAAUGUGUCCUACAUAAAAGAAGAUUUUAAUAAUAAGGAAGUAAAAGGCAAAUAUGAUAAACAACUACAGUCCAAAGAAUUGUUGACACCAGACUUUUCAAGUACAGGUAACCUGGGAAUUAAAGAAAAUAAUAAAAAUGUCAGUUCAGAAAUAAUAUGGGUUUUAAACCAAGAUAAUAUCACUGAAUUGAAUGAAAAAGUAAAAGAUUACGGAAAUUAUACAAGCGAUUAUAAUGGACAAGAUAAACCAACAAAAAAUUAUAAUUUUAAAGAUAAUAAUAUAACUGUUAAUUAUACUACAAGAGACAAAUAUGAUAAAGAUAUAACUGUAGAUAAAUUUGAUAUUUCCCCAUCGAAAACGUAUCCUCCAAAUAGUAACAAUAAUGAUCAUGUAACAAAACAAGAAACACUUAAGUACACAACGAAUAUGACAAAUAAUAAAGAAAUCACUUUGAAAGAAAUUGAAAAGUCAUUAUCAAAAACAUAUACUUCCAAUACUGAAAAUAAUAGUGCUAUUAAAUCAGAACAAGUUACGCUAAACUAUACUUCAAAAGAAAAAAAAUAUAAAGAAACCCCUUUGGACGAAAUUGAAAAAUUGUUAUCAAAAACAGAUACACUAGACGAUUACGUGGAUUUCCUAAAUAUAAGAAACGUAUUAAAUAAACUUCAAAAUCCAAAACAAGAACUUGGCCCAAACACAACACAUCAAAAUAGAGUCUUAAAUAUGGCAGAUAGGGAUCAUGAUGAUAGCUUAAGGAACGUAUUGAAAAAGAAACGGUACUCGAAGACUUAUAAGAGCAAAUCUAGAAAUCGUGGAACGAUUAAGAAGAGUAACGAAAGUUUCAGAAGUAAUGGUUUUCCACUCUUGACCUUUUCUAGCGUAAUAAAUGGAAUAAAUUUUACCCUGCAAAUUUAA